AUGCACCAACCCCAAGUCUCUCCUCAGAGAUCAGAAGGAAAUCCAUUAGACCUCAACAACAUACCUGAAGAUUACUUGAAAGAUGGCAAACAGGUCCUUCAGGACAGCUCUUCAUCUUCUGUGUACAGGACAAACAAAAGCAGUACUACGGAUGAAAAGGAUGAGAUUGGGAAGGUCUAUGAGUGUAGGUUUUGUUCAGUGAAGUUCUGCAAGUCUCAAGCUCUUGGGGGACACAUGAACCGCCACCGCCAAGAGAGGGAGACAGAAACACUGAACAAGGCUCGUCAUUUGGUCUUCACUAGUGAUUUAUCACCAGGAGCUCAUCACCUAGGGUAUGUUUCCAGUGGCCAACCAAUUCCACAUGGAAACAUUAUGGUUGAUCCAACAAUGCCAUUCAGAUCAAUCUACCCAACAAGAAUGUUUUCUGGAUCUUCACCCCUUUUUCCACUGCCUACACAAGGACUGCCACCACCGCCACCAACUCCACCACCCGGACUCCCGCUGCCUCCACCCCAGCCUUACUUGUACACUUCUUCUUCGCAGAUAGGCUCCUUCCCCGCGCAAUGUCCCGGACAAUUGGUGAAUGACUACUUUGUUUCUGGCCAGAGGCCCAGAAACUCGCAGUAUUCACACUCCAAGUCUGGCUAUUAUUCUUCAGCACCACAUGAUACUAAUUUCUCCUGCUUAAGUGCACCAGUUGGACAUGGAUUUCCAAAUGGUAAUGCGAGCUGCAGCCAAGGACAGGAUGGAGUUGAUGAUGUUAGUGACAUGUCUCUGCACAAUCUGGAGGAAGGAUUGAAUUGGGGCCGGAGGUAG